AUGGCCAGUUCUAUGGCUGUUGCCUGUUACAUUAUUGUUUUGGGAAUAUCAGUGGUGGGUUUGAAAGGUGCAGAGGCACAACGUGCCUUCUUUGUGUUCGGGGACUCGAUUGUGGAUAAUGGCAACAACAACUUUUUGGCAACUGAAGCACGAGCAGAUUCUCCUCCUUAUGGCAUUGAUUAUCCAACCAGAAAACCCACUGGCCGUUUCUCUAAUGGCUAUCACAUUCCUGACUUCAUCAGUCAAGCUCUUGGGGCCGAAUCCACGUUGCCAUAUUUAGAUCCCGAGCUCAAGGGGGAAAAAUUGCUUGUUGGUGCCAACUUUGCUUCUGCUGGAGUAGGAAUUCUCAAUGACAGUGGAAUUGAAUUUGUAAACAUAAUCAGAACAUACAAACAGUUGCAGUACUGGGAAGAAUACCAGCAGAGAGUGAAUGCUCUUAUAGGACCUGAACAGACCAAGACCUUGAUAAAUGAAGCAUUAGUUCUCAUCAAUCUAGGAAGCAACGACUUUGUGAAUAACUAUUACUUAGUACCUCACUCUCCAAGAUCACGCCAAUACAAUUUACCAGACUUUGUCAAGUUUAUUAUCUCUGAGUAUAAGAAGGUUCUGAGGAGACUAUACGAACUUGGAGCACGUAGGGUGUUGGUGGCGGGAAUUGGUGCAUUGGGUUGUGUGCCAGGGGUGUUGAUCACGAGAAGCACAAACGGUGAGUGCUCAGCUGAAGUGCAGCGUGUGCCGACCUUGUUCAAUCCUCAACUUGUUCAGAUAAUCAAAGAACUCAAUAGCGAGAUUGGUUCCCAUGUUUUCAUUGCAGUCGAAACGCAACAGAUGCAAAUGGACUUCAUCAUUAACCCUCAACGCUAUGGAUUUAUUACAUCAAAAACAGCAUGCUGCGGUGAAGGACGCUUCAAUGGCAUUCAACUAUGCACUGUGACAUCCAACUUGUGUCCUAACCGUGACCUUUAUGCGUUUUGGGAUGCUUUCCAUCCAUCAGAAAGGGCUUGUAGGUUGAUCGUUCAACAGAUGACGUCAGGCACCCAAGAGUAUAUGUAUCCGAUGAAUCUCAGCACCAUUUUGGCUUUGGAUUCCAAGAAGAACUAG